CGAUCCGCUACCCGUUUUUCCAAAUGUACGGGAAACACACAUUGAUCUCUGGUUUGCUCUUCGCCGUGUUAUUGUGCGGUUUUAUUAUUCAGAGUCAUGCAAGUUCGUUGAAAGAUCAAAGCAGGAUAGACUCAAGCUCUAGUGAGGACAAUAUCGUAUUGCAGACUGAACUCCUACCUGGAUAUGGCUAUCAUCAAAAAUUUCAGAUUACGAUACACCGGAGGGAACAGCUUAAAGAGGGACAGCUGGUUCUGUUGCUUGGGUUUGGCUCAGCAGCCUUUGCUGAUCGCUAUGAAAUCGGACGCAUUUCCUGGCCUGUGGGAGUAACCGUCGCAUGCGUUGGAGAUGCUGAUUUGGAGGCUCCAGCUUAUGCAAGUACUGCAACGAGGAAUGGAGUCCUUCUACGAGUGCAAUUUGCCCAGCAGAGUGAUACCACUUUAAUCAUUUCUUUACCAUAUCAUAUGCGGUAUCAAGCGCCGCAAGCGCAGAGCUUGCGAGUGGCUGUAGACACCGUGCAGACUGCAGCAUAUCUGACGCGUGAAACUGACGUUUCACUACCAUCGAUCACCGAACACGAAUUCUUCCAACUUGUCCAGGGGCAUACUGACAAUGUCCUAAUCCGUUCAGGAUGGAAUCGGAUGGAAAUGUCUACCCGUCCUUAUACAGUGGAGAUACCGGUGGGACAGAUAAGUGACCAAGGGGUUAUUGGUAUCCUGACAUAUACAGUCACAUUAUUUGGCACCGUAUUGGUGACCUGGGUUUUGCUGGCCUCCUCUUACGGCAAUAACUUGUCUAAAAUAAAAGCUGCGUAGCUACCAGACCUUCAGCGGGUAUGUCCCCUAGGUAAACGGACCUCUGGUAUGCCCAUUGGUAUUCGAAGGUUAAACCUCUGGUCA